AGGGUUCGCGUGGCGGGCGGCCGCGGCUGCCCCUCUAAACGCCGCGCGUCUGAAGUCGCGGCCUCUCGGAAAAGGCGUCUUAAAACGGCUAGAAAGUGAUGAAGCAGCGGGGAUGUUUUGCUCUUUUCCUUGAAAACUUAUCUAAUAACUCUCGGGCGGAGGUGUGGAGCCUGGGCAGCUUCACAGGUGUUUGUCAGGAGAUGAAUUGUUGAGAGUUGGGGGGUUUCCAACCACUUGGACUCAACGAACGACCAAGUUUUCGUAUCGGGGUACCCCCGUCAGAGCCAUUCUGCCUUUGUGGGAAAACUCUGAGGUCCUUUCGUGAGAAACGCCUUGACCCUUCUUGGGUCGGAACCUCUUCUUCUUCUUCUUUUUUUAAUUAAUGUACAAACUUUUUUUUUUUUUUAAGAUUUAUUUGUUUAUGCAUACAAGAGCUGGGGUACAGGCCAGAGAUGUGUGAGGUGAGAGGAUUCACAGAGCCAGAGUGGGGAACAGAACAGGCAGACUGACUGAAAGACACUGCUGAGGGGAGCAGCAGGCGAGACAGGAGAGGUCUGCCGCGCCACAUGCGUUACUCCCUGGCCGGCAGGGGAUCGAACUCGUGCUGCAGAGGCUGCGGAUUGCUUCAUAGUGCGGUGCUUAACCCCUUGUGCCACCAGGGAGGCCCGGAACCUCUUCUUCCCUGCUCCCAAGAUGACGCCACAGGACUGAGGUGUUGGGGGAACUCCUCAGCAACUUCCCCCAAAAUACGAGGAGAUUGUGCUUGCUGUACAGAUGCCGCUUCCACGAAAUGCUCUGAACCCCCAUUUCCAGCUAGACUUGUGCUGAGAACUCAUAGGAAGGUUGGAGCCAUACUUCUCUGAGAUGUCACUUGCAGGUAUUUUACAAGUUUGACCCCAAGGCUUGGUUGUCAGAUGUUCACAGAAGUACACCUGUCAGAUUCCCGAUCUCAGAGACCCAUGUUCCUCAGAACCAGGGCACAGGCCAAUGCACGGGAAGGUGAGAGGAUUCACCAGAUACAGAGCGGGGAAAAGAAGAGGCAGAUGGACAAAAUACACUGGUGAGGGGAGUAGCGGGCGAGACAUGAGAGGUCUGCUGCACCAUGUGGGACCCUCGCGGGCAGGCCAGGAUCAAACCCACACUGCAGAGGCUAUGGACAGCCUCACAGCGCUGCGCUCAACCACCUGCGCCACCAGGGGAGGCCCAGGGGUGGCAGCCCAGGCCUGGGCAGCUUCAGCUGCCUCUUCUCCUUCCUGAAGCCUGGCAGCCAGUUUCCUCCUGUGGAUGAAGGCAAGAGCUUAAGAAAACGAGGACCUGCCUGUUGCUCAUGGGGGUUAAAUGGCUUCCUGCAAAUCCCCCAAGAGCUGCAGAGUCCUCCCUCUGUGGCCACACACAACCCCCUACUGGUGGCAGCUGGGUUCAAUUGAUCUCUUAAGACUCCAGCUUCUCUUUUUACUCCAAGGUGGUUUGCUUCUUCCAGUCAAUAUGCCAACUUUCAAGGCUCCAGAAGAAAGGCUGAGAAAAUUUAAGUACCAUGGCAAAGAUACAUUUAUGCGGCGGCAACAGCGGAUGGCCGUCAGCCUGGAGCUUCGGAAGGCCAAGAAAGAUGAGCAGGCCUUAAAGAGAAGGAACAUCACCCACAUCUGCUCAGACAGAGCUUCUGGACAGCUGGCCGGAGAGGUCAACCUCACCCUACUUGAAAUAAUCCAAGGUGCAAAUACCUCUGAUCCAGACUUAUGUUUCCAGGCCACCCAGGCAGCCAGGAAAAUGCUGUCCCGGGAAAAGAACCCUCCUCUAAAACUGAUUGUAGAAGCAGGACUCAUUCCCAGACUGGUGGAGUUCCUGAACUCUUCCCUUCAUCCAUGCUUGCAGUUUGAGGCAGCCUGGGCUUUGACGAACAUUGCUUCAGGGACUUCAGAACAGACCCGCGCUGUUGUGGAAGGGGGGGCCAUCCAGCCCUUGAUUAAGCUCCUGUCUUCUCCCCAUAUGACUGUGUGCGAACAGGCAGUGUGGGCUCUUGGUAAUAUAGCAGGGGAUGGCCCACAGUUCAGAGACAUCAUUAUCUCCAGCAAUGCUGUCCCACAUUUGCUUGCCCUGGUUUCAUCAACCAUACCAAUCACGUUUCUGCGGAACAUCACGUGGACCUUGUCCAACCUGUGCCGAAACAAGGACCCGUACCCUUGUGAAAAGGCGGUGAAGCAAAUGCUGCCCACCCUCUUCCACCUCCUACAGCACCAAGACAGCGAGGUCGUCUCGGACACCUGCUGGGCCCUGUCCUACCUCACUGACGGCUGCAACAAGCGCAUUGGCCAAGUGGUUGACACAGGGGUCCUGCCCCGGCUAGUGGAGCUCAUGACCAGCUCAGAGCUCAACGUCUUGACCCCCUCUCUCCGCACUGUGGGGAACAUCGUCACGGGCACAGAUGGACAGACCCAGGUGGCCAUUGACGCCGGCAUGCUGCACGUGCUGCCACAGCUCCUGAUACACCCCAAGUCCUCCAUCCAGAAGGAGGCCGCGUGGGCCCUGAGCAACGUGGCCGCAGGGCCCUGCCAGCACAUCCAGGAACUGAUUUCUUAUGGCAUACUGCCUUUCUUGGUGGCACUGCUCAAAAAUGGAGAAUUUAAAGUCCAGAAAGAAGCUGUCUGGACGGUAGCUAACUUCACAACGGGGGGCACCUUGGACCAGUUAAUCCAGCUUGUCCACUCUGGAGUCUUGCAGCCACUGGUGAAUCUGCUCACUGUCCAAGACACCAAGAUUGUUCUCAUCAUCCUUGAUGUCAUCUCAUAUAUCUUCCAGGCUGCAGAGAGACUUUCUGAGAAGGAAAACCUCUUUCUCCUGAUUGAAGAAGUCGGUGGUAUUGCUAGAAUCGAGGCCUUGCAGCUUCAUGAGAACCGCCAGGUUGCCCUGACUGCCUCAAACAUUAUUGAGAACCACUUCUGUGAGGAAGAAGAAAAUGGCAUACAUCAUCCAGCCCAGGGCCAUGAAUUGUUAAACAAUACCAAAGGCCCACAACUUCUAAGCCAACAACCAGGUUCUAAGGGAAGCUUCUUUAAGAAGUAGCACUCCAAUAUCUUAGUGUACCACAGGUGUAAUGCUUUUUAUCUGAAUAUUAAUAAAAUGUUUGACACUUUUGCC